AUGCCGCCGUGGCCCUCUCGAAUCCUUCCGAGCACAUCGUCUCCGAGCUCACAUUCCAAUUCGGUUCAUGCAUCGCCUCUGCCACAGCCGCCGCCAUCCUUCCAUCGCAAUCCGAAUGAUGUAGAUCGAGCUGCAUUCAAUACCGUAGACUACAAUGUCCCCGUCCUCUUGCCUACGACGUCGUCGACAUCGAUAUUCCGGAAUCAACGUCGAUCCCACGCCCGUUCGAGCAGUCAACCGUUCCCUUCUUCGUUAAUGAAUCCACAUGGUCUUCGGAAGCCUGAAAAGAAACUGACAAAACGGGACUUUGGUCUUGAUUUGGAUUUUGACGAUGAUGACGACGAUGAUUAUGAUGACUACAAUGCUACGGUUCGAGCGGACCAUUUGCGAAGUACAAGCGAUGAUAUGGCCACGGGAAAAUGCAUGACAUGCAAUUCCACUUGUCGUUGGCCGCGCCAUGUUCAAGUCUUUAGGUGCACCAUCUGUUUGACGGUUAAUGAUCUCGAGCCACGCCCGGCUACAAAGACAAGGGAUCAUUACAACCAUGUGGAAGACGAUGAUCAUCCCCCGCCUCCGCCACCGAAGGAUGGUUCACCUGAACAUCCACCACCUGCUCCUAUAUCAAUCAACGAAACAAAGCGUAUUAUCGAGAAUUGUCUGGUCAGGUUUCUUUCAAGUCGUUUGUGCGGCAACCAGGAUGCGAAAUUUGUGCGGCCGGAGCAGCGAUAUCGAGAAAACAGCAAUAGAAGACCGAGCACACAGACGGAUGAAAAACGCUCUGCACGCUCGGAGAUCCCAACGGGUUUUACGGACACUAGAUUUCUCUCACCCCCCUCUAAUGGUGCAGGAUACAUGGAACGACCCGAUGGACGCACCAUGCGCGUUCGCUCGAGCUCAGAUACACCGCCCAUGUCACGGAGAAGAGGUCACUCUGCACAAGGCAGGGAAAGUUCACCUUUGCGCCUGAAUACAAGAAGACCUGAUUCCAGAGGACGCUCCGAGGGCAGCCGGCCGUCGAUUUUCCGGCUUUUAGAGGAAUAUAUAAUUAGAUCAUUUACGGGUUGCGACUGUCUUAACAAUUCUUUUAUGACUGCUAGUGCGCUCCGUUCCAUGUCUAAUGCAGGCAUCGAACAACCGAGACAACCUGUUCAACAGCAUGAGAAUACACCACCUCCGAAGUCACCGACAUCAGAGACAGUCAUGUUUCCAGAGAUCGACCCCAAGAUGCUGCUUUUGGGCGAUUUGGCAGAGAACUCGUCUUGGUGGAUGGGCGGCCGGCCGCGUCGUCAGGAUAUUAAGGUUGCAGGUCCCAAAAAGCGAGAAAAGUCGCCUCUUCGGUCAAGGUCUGUGGUGACGACGAAGUCGCCGAGGAUUGACUGGGAAGGUGUAGCUGAAUGGUAUCAGCUUGUGGUGCAUGUUGGGGAAAACUGGAGGGAGGUGUGGAACAAGUUAGUCUCAGCAGAGCAGGAGCAUGGUCAUGAAGGUGAAGCAAAGCCAAAUUCAGCGGUGGACAUCGGUUUGAUCGACAGAGAAAUCGCCGAGGCGCGAGUGCAUGCUCAAAAGACCUUGAUGAAAGCUACGGAGAUUUUACUGAAGCGUCCUCGACGACCGCUGCGCCGACCGGAAUCGGCCAGGUUCCUGCUCAUAUUACUUGCCAAUCCUUUACUUGUAUACACAAGCAAUAGCGCGCCAACUGGAGUGGACUUUCUUUCGCCGGACGCUGUUGCAGGCAGCCAAAGGUCGAUACCCAACUUUAGCAGACGAUAUGGAUCUAGUGAACGAAAAACAGGGCCACCUUCGAGUAGGUCGCAAUCCGGAAGUCUUGGCCAUCAUUCUGGUAUUAUAAAGAGGAUUCUAGGCCUUCUCGGAAAUCUGCCAAACGACUGUCAUCACUAUUUGGUUGGAUGGUUCUCGCGCUUCUCUAAACAUCAGUUUGAGAUGUUGGUAGGUCUUGUCGGUCGAUUUGUCACGUAUCGGCUGAGCAGACAACCUGGCCAUCAACGAAGCGAAUCAGCACAAGCUAUUAAUGAAUUGGUUCCGAAUAUUCCAGCAGGUAUCGAGAGCUCCCCUGCUCAUUGGCAUGCAGUACUACAUGAUUCGCGCUCUUCAAACCAGGCGAACGAGGAUAAUGGUCGUCGACGGAUGAUAUACAACACUGAAGAUUGGCAAAUCCGAGCUGCUGCUCGGGUAAUGGCACUACUAUUCGCAGCAAACAAUCAUGUUCCACACUCAAUACACAAACGUGACGCUCUCCUGCCUCAAGACUACAACGCCGCUACAGCUCCUCUCAUCUCUCAGCAUAGACAAAGUGGUUCCACCAUGAUCCCUUUAAGUACUUUUUAUAACACAUUAUUGGAUUUUUCAGACCUUGUCUCGGAUUUUGAAGCGUGGGAGGCUCGAACUGCUAGGUUUUCGUUUUGUCAAUAUCCUUUCUUCUUGAGCAUCGCUGCUAAGAGCCGGAUUCUGGAGCACGAUGCUCGUCGUCAAAUGAAUAUUAAGGCCCGGGAGGCCUUUUUGGACAGCAUUCUCAAUCGUAAGGAUGUCAGUCAGUAUUUGAACCUGAAGGUUCGGCGAGACUGUCUUGUGGAGGAUAGUCUGAGGGGGGUUAGUGAAGUGGUUGGAGCCGGGUCGGAGGAUAUCAAGAAGAGUCUGCGUAUUGAGUUUAUUGGUGAGGAAGGAGUGGAUGCAGGAGGUCUGAGGAAGGAGUGGUUUUUACUGCUUGUCCGGGAGGUUUUUGAUCCUAAUCAUGGACUUUUUGUUUAUGAUGACGACUCCCAGUUUUGCUACUUCAACCCGUACUGCUUUGAGUCUUCGGAGCAGUUCUUUUUAGUGGGAGUUCUUCUGGGCCUUGCAAUCUACAACUCUACCAUUCUUGAUGUUGCGUUACCACCCUUUGCAUUCAAAAAGCUUCUCGCCGCAGCACCGUCUACAAAUAUGCCGGCAUCUGCGCAAAGACAGCCGCAUACCUCAUCAUUAGACGAUCUAGCCGAGUAUCGUCCCGCUUUAGCCAAAGGCCUACGCGCCCUUUUGGAGUUUGACGGCGACGUCCAAGAGACCUUUUGUUACGAUUUCGUAGCCGAGGUUGAUAAAUAUGGCCAACACAUCAGUGUCCCUCUCUGCUUAAACGGAGAAAACAAACCCGUCACAAACGACAACCGCCACGAAUUCGUCAAUUUGUAUGUUCAAUAUCUACUUGAUACAGCUGUGCAGCGACAAUUCGAGCCGUUCAAAAGAGGAUUUUAUACCGUCUGCGGCGGGAAUGCGCUUUCACUGUUUCGUCCGGAAGAAAUUGAACUGAUGGUCCGCGGUUCGGAUGAGCCGUUGGAUGUACCUACACUCCGAGCAGUAGCCACAUACGAGAACUGGCCAAAACCCCUACCACCACUCCCACCAUCAGGAACCGACCACACCUACAACAGCGACAAUAACAACACAGAAACCGAACCCGCCGAACCAACAAUAUCAUGGUUCUGGGACUUCCUCGCGCGGUCCACACCCACAAACCAGCGAAAACUGCUCUCCUUCGUCACAGGCAGCGACCGUAUCCCCGCCACGGGUGCCGCGAGUCUGAGUAUCCGAAUCUCAUGUCUCGGUGAAGAUUCAUCUAGGUAUCCGAUUGCGCAUACAUGUUUUAAUAAGUUGGGUCUGUUUCGGUAUGGAUCUAGGCAGAAGUUGGAGAGGAUGCUUUGGGAUGCGAUUUGUAAUAGUGAGGGGUUUGGGUUGAAGUGA